GGGCGGUUUGGGGAAGAGGAGCUGCAUUUCCCAUAAGUCUGCCUGUAGCUCCACCCCCUCGUUGGCUGGUUGCCAGGAUCAGGCAGAGCUGAAAAGAGCGGGGGGAAAGUGACACACACACACACACACACAAACACACAAAGCCUAGGGAGAGAGCCUUUCUUAAAUGAAUGAGUAAGCUAAGUGUUAUGCUGUUUUAGAUGACAGGCUAGGUUAAAAAGAAACCUGCAAGAAGAUCAGGAGCUAACGAUGGACGUUGCCGACGACGAGAUGGCAGUGAGGCAGAGGAUCUUCAACUCUACGGCUCCGUUCUCCGGUUCCCCCCGAGCCGAGCUGAAGGCGGGCUACGUGGGCUGCUCGGUGCCCGACCAGGGAGCCCAGGAGGAGGAGAGGAAGGAGGACAAGGAGGGCUACAUGGCCAUUCACCCGUACCUCAGGCAGGUUCUAACCCAAGGGACGGCAGAGCAGGUGGGCGAGGGCCCACUGAAGAACUCCACCUUCGUCGCCCAGGCCGAGUGUGAAAGCCCGGGCUCCCAGCAGUUUAUCUCCUCCUGCUCCGACCGCUGCUUUGUCGCGACUCCCAACUGCUUCACCAGCAACGUGUCGACAGAGCAGAACCAUGUCGCGUGUCCGACAACCGCCUCCGUACAGGAACACACCGUGUCCCUCCUGCUGCCCCCCUCCCGGAAGAAGACGAGGAAGAGACAGAAACGCAAGGAGAGAAAGAAAGAGGGGAAGAAAAAGGAAAGGCACCGACAGCGCAUUCCCUCUGGGGUUCCGGAGCAGGAGAGCGGGACUUCUCCGGUCCAAUUCCCGGCGGAACCAUUCGGAAUUCAGUCUCUCAUCGGGCUCAGCAUACACAACCGCUCCAGCAGCAGCAGCAGAAGCAGCUGCACGGCUAGCGACCGGACCGAGGUGCAGGACACCCAGGGCCCUCCCGUGUACAGCCACCCACAGAUCUACAGGAGAGCGUCCCUGGAAUGGAGCUCCCAGGCCUGCGACCCCCUCUCCAACCUCCCAUCCUACGGCCAGGAGAGCGACAGCGAUUCGUCCCUGAGCAGCGCGUGGGACUGCCCCCUGGCCAUGGCCGGCCUGCGGGGCAGCGUGAGCCAGGGGGACCCCUGCUUCGCGGGGCCAUUCUUCAAAGACGUGGAGAAAGAGGUGAGGGUUGAGGAAGACGAGGCGGAGGAGGAGUGGUCGUCGUUACCUGCCUCACCUGUCGUCAACGAGGGCAUCGUCUUUUACAACGAGAACAUCAAGCCUGUGGAUUCGGAGUACCGAGAGGGCCAGGAGUACCGUUUAACGCGAUUUAUUAAGGAAGGCUCCUACGGCGAAGUGUUCAAAGCACAAGACAUCAACACAGGCUACAGAUUUGCAGCCAAAAAGAUACCCCUGAGGAGUUUCAGCAGUGAGGAGGUGGGUACGUGGAGUGCCCUCACAUCUCCCCGCGUGGUGGAGCUCUUUGGGGUGGUCCGAGAGGGGUCCUAUGUCAUCCUGCUCAUGGAACAGAAAUGUGGGUCCCUGGGCCAGCUGAUCGCAGAGCGAGGGAGGCUACCCCAGGACUUGGGUCUCCACUACCACUGGCAAGUCCUAGGAGCACUAGAGUACUUGUUGAAGAAACGCGUGGCCCAUCUCGAUAUCAAAGCCGAUAAUGUCUUGCUGUCCGAGGACGGAAAGGACACCUUCCUCUGCGACUUUGGCCAUGCAGAGAGACUUGACAGUCAAGGAUUUAGCCUCAGUGGAUUCAAAGAUAACAUGAAGGGGACAGAGACCCACAUGGCCCCUGAGAUCGUCAAAGUGGAGCCGCGAGGAGCCAAGGCCGAUGUGUGGAGCAGCGCCUGUAUGCUACUGCACAUGCUCAAUGGGUGCCAGCCCUGGACCCGAUACUAUAACUGUCGCCUUUACCUCAAGAUAGCCAAUGAGCCGCCUCCUAUACGGGAGAUCCCGCCUGACUGCAGCGACCUUACCGCAGAGGUGGUGAAGGCGGGGCUUCAGAAGGACCCGGUCAAGAGGGCGUCAGCAGGUGUCUUGAAGGAAAGAACGUCCAAGGCUCUCAAAGAGUUGGGGGGCCUCAGAAGCUCAAUCAGGGGCCCCUACACAGAACCACUGCAGAUUAUUCCCAGGCCCGUCUCCUGCUCCUCCCUGGAUCCCUUCCCCAGCAGUGAUGACCCUACAGAGGGGGGAGAGGAGGAGGCGGAGGAAGAGGGGGAGGUGGAGGAAUGCACUGGUGACCUGAUCAGCCCUGGAAGCAAAAAGAAACUUGACAACGUCGGCGACAGUGAUGAUGAUAAUCCAGAUGGUGAAGCAAGAACUGUAGCCGGAAGGGCGUCGCAGCAGAGGUUGCUGCUGUCGGGUCUGCAAUGUCACCUCCGUGAUUCACCCAACCACAAGACUGCUAGCCAUGUCAUGCCAACUCCCAUCCCGGACCACGAACUACACAAACUAGAGCGAGAUUUCUAUUUGAGCAGUCUGUCUCAGCUACACCCUGCCGAGAUGCAGGAGCAGCUGCUGUCCUGUCUGAGCAGUGACUGCCAUUCCAGCUGGGAGUCAUGGGACAAAAGGGAUUCUGGCCGUUGGUCCAUUACCCCAGGAGAUGAACUCAGCUCCGGUGUGUUCUCAUACAACAGCCAGGCAGACGGACAGGUCUUCAGCAUGGACUGGCUGGGUAACAUACAGAUUCCCCCUCCCUGCUGUUUUGAAGGGGUGGACGUGUCCAUUCAAGACUUCAACAGACGGAGCAUACGGAUCAGGGAAACCCGGCGGGUGAAGGUGGGACACAUCGCCACUGGAAUCAGUGACCAGAUCUCUGAGAGGGUUUACACCUUGGAGACGGAGGACGCCGGACCCGUCGGCCACGAUGAUGAGGUUCUACAGUGCGGGCUUCACCUGCGCUGCGUCUCGGCCCCCGACUUCAGCCCCGCCUGGAAGUGGAGGAUCAGAGACGGGUUGCUGGAGACGAGAUAGAGCCAAGCACGCACCCCACAUAUAAGCACCCCAUUACUGGCUACGAUUUGACUUGAUUGCUUUGGACUCGCCACAGACAUCUGAUUAUGUUUAUUUACGGAUGGAGUUAUUUCAUUGGAUUAUUGAAAGAAUCUGCAUCUUUCUGCUGGUUGUUCUGGUUUUUGAAUGUUCAAUUUAAAUAACGUACAAUUUGAUUGGUGGCAUUUUGUUUCUUCCUCAAACAUAUCAGUGUUGUAAUGGUUUCAUCUAAAAUCAAUAUGACUUUUAAUUGCAUGAUGAAAUGUAUAGAACCACAGGGUUGUUUUAACUAUUGCUUCUCUUAGUCAUGACACUUCCUCUGUACACCAAUUUAUAAAAAACAUUAAAUGACUAUGAGUGGAUAAUACA